GAAACGUAGUGGAGUAUUGUAAUGAAUUGGGGUGGUGCGGUUCCGCCUCCGCUGGCUCAUCGUCUUCUGCUCCGAUCUCCCUCCCUCUCCUCUCCUCUCCUCUCCUCUCUCGUGCUCCAAAGAAACGGAAACCCUAGGCAGCAGCCAUCCCAACAUGCAAUCCUAAUCAGCUUCCAAUUCGAAUAAGGGAGGAAUCUCAAUCUCUCAUGCCCGCCUCCUCCUCCCCCGGUGGCCGUGGCUCUGCCUCAUCUCUGCCGCCGCGGGCCAUGAAGCGCGAGCUCGCGUUCGCGCUCCGCUCGCUCUCCGAAAUCUCCGCCUCCCCUGGCCGCACCCGCUCCGGCCGCCCCAUCUCUUCCCUCCCCGAUCCAUCAUCACCAUCUCUCAAGAGGCGCAAGAGAUCCGACCACCCGUCCGCCGCCGCCGGUCUCGUCUCCCCGCCCACGCCGCCCAUCGACGCCGAGCCGCCAAAGCCCACCAAGCCCCUCCUCGACCCGUCCGAUGGAUCCAAUCCUGCCACCGCAGAUGCGCCAACGUCUCAUGAAUCCAAUGCUGCCGAGGAGGUGAUUGUGCAGCAGAUGAUGGAGGUCCCCCCACCAUCGCACGCUGAGGCUUCAGUGUUGGAGGUGAUUGCAAAGCCGGACGUGCCCAUGGAAGAUUCUGCUGCUGGACUGAAUGCAACACCAACUCUGCUGGAAUCCGCUGAUGCAGCUGGAGACCACAAGUGUGAUAACUCCAACUCAAAUGGAAGAAAUCCACUACAGCAUGCUGCAGGCAAUGCAUUAGUCCCCGCUCCUUUUGUUUCUGAGGAGGACUCUGCCAUGCCUGCUGCUACCGCUGAGCUCAAGCUUGCAAGGCGCUUCACACGAUCGCUGCUCAAGAAUAAACCAGACGAAGAAGGGGCCACAGCAGCUACUGAAAGUCAGGCGGCACCAGAGGAUGCCUCAAUGGAUUUGGCUUUGCUGCUUGACAAGCCACAGAGAAGGUUCACAAGGUCACUGCUCAAGACAAAGGUUGAGGCGCGACCUAACAUCACUGGUAUUGAAUUUGAGGAUGCGCUUGACAGCACAUCGGAUUCCCCUCCAUCAGUGAAGAAGAUGGAGAUGAAGAUGUCUAAGAAAGUCGCCUGCCUCACAAAGCACCCAGGCAACAUUAGAGAGCUGCUCAACACCGGCCUGCUCGAGGGAAUGCAAGUUAUGUACAUCAUCCCUCAUAGCAAGUUGCAGAGGUCUGUGCUAAAAGGAGUGAUUACUGGUUGCAAUAUACAAUGUUUUUGUCCAUCCUGUAAUGGAUCCAAGGCUGUUUCGGCUUAUUACUUCGAACAACAUGCUGGAAGCACCAAAAAACACCCUGCUGACUACAUUUACUUAGGGAAUGGCAAUAGUUUGCACGAUGUGCUACGUGCAUCUGAAAGAUCUCCCUUGGAGGCUCUGGAAAAGACAAUACGUUCUUCCAUUGAUCCAGUGGUGAAGAGGAGCUGCGUUAAUUGCCUGAAUUGCAAUGAGCAUAUUCUUCCUUCAUCACAAACUGAGUGCAUUCUGUGUCGCGGUUGCCUUGAGACAAAGCAACCUCAAGAUCCUCCUACCCCAUCAUAUGCAUGUAAGAGCAAUUCCAGUCUGACUCCAAGUUCCAAGGAUUAUUUGCUAAAGAAGAUAUCAUCAAGCAAGAACAGCGGGAGUGCUGGCAAAGUAACAAACAAGGAUACCGGACUACACAAAUUGGUCUUUAAUGUUUUGCUUGAUGGCACAGAAGUAGCCUACUAUGUUGAUGGGCAGAGAAAGGUUGACGGGUAUAUCAAGGAUCAAAGAAUCUACUGUAAUCACUGUAACAGAGUGGUUAGCCCAUCCGCAUUUGAAGCUCACGCGGGUGAGGGAUCAAGGCGCAAGCCGUAUGACAACAUCUUCACGUCAAAUGGAGUAUCAUUGCAUGAGCUCUCAAUGAAAAUAUCUAAGGAUAUGGAACGCAAAACAGAUGAUCUGUGCAGAGAAUGUGGUCAAGGGGGAGAUAUUUUCCCUUGCAAAAUCUGUCCAAGGUCAUUUCAUCCAGCUUGCGUUGGACUGCCUGAAGUCCCUUCAGAGUGGUAUUGUGAUAAUUGCAGGAAUCUUGUGCAAAAAGAAAAGGCUUUAGCAGAAAACAAAAAUGCUAAAGCUGCUGGGAGGCAAGCUGGAGUUGAUUCCAUUGAACAGAUAAUGAAGAGAGCUAUACGAAUUGUCCCCAUCUCUGAUGACCUUGGAGGCUGUGCUCUAUGCAAGAAGAAAGAUUUCAACAAUGCCGUAUUUGAUGAGCGAACUGUGAUACUCUGUGAUCAAUGUGAGAAAGAGUAUCACGUAGGAUGUUUGCGGAGUCAAUGGCAGGUAGACCUAAAGGAUUUGCCAGAGGGGGAGUGGUUCUGUUGCAGUAGUUGCUCUGAGACACGAUCUUCAUUGGACAAGAUAAUCUCCGAUAGAGCCCAGCUGUUGUCGGAGCCAGAUAUUGAUAUCAUAAGGAAGAAACAUGAGGCAAAAGGUUUAUGCAUGGACACCAGUACAGAUCUCAGAUGGCAAUUACUUUCUGGUAGAAUUGCUACUGAAGAUGACAGCAUAUUGCUCUCUGCUGCGGUCCCAAUUUUUCAUCAAUCUUUUGACCCAAUCAUUGAAGCUCAUACUGGUAGAGAUCUAAUUCCUGAGAUGGUUGGUGGGAGGAGACCUAAGGAUGGAAUGCCUGGCCAAGAUUACAGUGGAAUGUACUGUGUAGUGUUAACUCUGGGCUCUAGUGUUGUGUCAGCAGCACUUUUGCGUGUCAUGGGAGGUGAUGUAGCUGAACUGCCACUAGUUGCUACAAGUCAGAUCCUUCAAGGGCUGGGCUACUUCCAAGCCUUGUUCUCAUGCAUAGAGAGGAUGCUAACCUCGCUGAAGAUCAAACACUUUGUGCUUCCAGCUGCCCAUGAAGCUGAAGGAAUCUGGAUGAAGAAAUUUGGCUUCUCUAGAAUCCCUCAAGAACAGUUGGAAGCUUAUCUUAAUGGGGCACACCUCACUAUAUUCCAUGGGACAUCGAACCUGUACAAGGCUGUUAAACCUUUAUCAUAGCAUUGGUGUUGAAGUAACUGCCUUUUGCUCGAUCGGGGAGAUUUGUCUUUUGGGAGUUGUGAUAGUAACUGUAAAAAAGAUGAUGAAGCAUGGCGAUACGAUGAUAUACAGCAAGAGGGAGAAAAGAUAGAAGAUGGUGAUGGAAGCAAAGUAAUCCAUGGUAUCAAUCGGGAAGUUUUUGAUGAUGCAGUGAAGAUAUAUGUGGAGAUGCUGGGCAGAUGGAUGGAAUGCCGUCCGCUGCUCUUCUUUUUGGUUUUCAGUUGCAAUGGGGGUGUCGCUGGGAAGUAGUGGUAUUUUUUGAUGUACAGUCAGUCCCCUACUGCCCCCAGUAACCGCGGAUUUUGACGCUGGACUGCUGUGCUCACUUUUCCUAGUAAAAUUUUGAUCUGUGCGUUCGGUCACAUUACUUGUUAGUAUGUAGAAAUGUUGUAUUGGCCAAGUUUUUUUAAGAAAAAUAUUAUAUUCGUGAA